AUGAUUUGGAUACAUUUAUAUUAAAAUAAAAAUGAACUUUUUGUGUCUACAGUGUUUUUUUUAUUUUAUUUUUUAAUAUAUCGGAAGAAAGGCCUUUUUGUAAAAAAAAUAAAAUAAAAUAAAAAAAUAAAAACAACAACAACUAUCCUGCGCGCGCCUCCGCGGUGCCUCACUUGGCGCGCUUUUGGUCUGAGUGUUUUUGCGUAAUGAAACAUGUCUGAAGGCAGUAUUUUACUAGAACCAGAAAGCAGAGCUUUGAGUAUCAAUGAAGAUGAGGAGGAUGAGGGAAACCCUGAGAUAUUUCUGAGUGUAUUUAUUCAACAAGAAAAAAUUGGACUAAGCUUCUAUGACAGUAGCGAUUGUACGCUGCAUUUUAUGCUGGACACGGUGGACAACAGCGACCACCACCUGCUGCAUAGAGUUAUACAGGAGCUGAGUCCAAACGUUGUCAUAACAAGUGCCAAACAGGAGCGCAGCUUGACCCAGUUUGUCGAAACACUUGAAUCAAAUUGUGAAUAUAAGCCUGAAAUAGUCAUGUUUCCAAAUGCAAACUUUGGUCUGGAGAUCAGCAAACAGCGACUUCUCUCAGCACACCUCCCGUCUCUCCCUCCCACCAUCACAGAGAGCGAGAAAAUCACGUAUCUCUCCUCCUGUAUCCCAUUAGACUCAGUGCUGAUGAUGAGGUCAAUAGGAGGGCUGUUGAAGUGUUUGGAGAGGAGGAGAGUUGGCUUUGACAUGGAAGACAGCAGUACAGGCAUUCCCAUAUUGCAGUUUUUGACUUACACACUGAAGGAUGUUGUGUAUAUCGACAGAGAUACGUACAGUGCACUCCACAUCUUUAAAUCUGAUCUGCAUCCUUCCGUCUUUAAACUCCAGUCAGGAGAGAAAGAAGGAUUGAGUCUUUACGGUGUUCUGAAUCGCUGUCGGAGCAAGUUUGGCUCUUUCCUUUUACGGCAGUGGUUCCACAGACCUACUCGAGAUCUGAACAUCCUGAAGAGACGACAGGAAGUAAUCCGUUUCUUCACGUCCCCUCGUAACUUUGCUGAUCUCAACACUUUGCAAAGUUGCCUGCGAAAUAUCAAGAACAUCUCCACGCUGCUGCACAAAAUGUCUGUCACUAACCCGAAGGUUGUCAUCUGGCAAAGUCUGUAUAAGACAGUGUACAGUGCAUUGUGCAUCAGGGACACCAUUCGUGCUGUCCCCCAGCCCAUCCAACUUUUCAGUGAAAUCAGCCAAAACUUCACAGAUGAUCUUUUCUACAUCGCCACAUGCAUCAGUAAAGUGGUGGACUUCGAAGGGAGUGUGGCUGAGAACCGAUUCGUCAUUAGACCGAAUGUCGAUCCUGUUAUUGACGAGAAGAAAAGAAGGAUGAUGGGUCUCCCAGAUUUUCUGACGGAUGUGGCUCGUGCUGAGCUGGAAAACCUGGACCCACGUUUCUCCACCUGCAGCGUCAUCUACAUCCCCAUGAUUGGAUUUUUACUGUCAGUGCCAAGAUUACCCACCAUGCUGGAUAAACAGAGCUUUGAGAUUGAGGGUCUCGAUUUCAUUUUCCUAGCGAAGGACCAACUACAUUACCGCAGCGCUCGAACUAAAGAGCUGGACAGCAUGCUGGGAGACCUGCAUUUUGACAUCCUAGAUAUGGAGAUUGCAGUAAUGAGGAAGCUUCAGACCUUAGUGCUUGAGCGAAGCGACUGUUUGUAUAAGGUCAUGUCUCUGUGUGCAGAGCUGGACUGUCUCAUUGCUUUGGCUCAGGCCUCUCUGGAUCACGGCUACUGCUCUCCAACUCUGACACCAAACCACAGACUGGCUCUGAUUGAGUCACGGCAUCCUUUGCUGGAGCUGUGUACUCCAGUAUUUGUGUCAAACACCUACAUCAGCUCUGAAACUGAAGGCAAAAUGAAGGUUAUUACAGGACCAAAUUCCUCCGGCAAGAGCAUCUAUCUAAAACAGGUGGGUCUGAUUGUGUUCAUGGCACUGAUCGGCUCAGAUGUUCCUGCCAAAGAGGCAGAGAUUGGGCUGGUGGAUGGAAUCUACAGCCGCAUGGAUAGCCGUGAGUCUAUAUCAGUGGGUCUGAGCACCUUCAUGCUAGACAUGAACCAGAUGAAUCAUUCCUUGAACCACAGCACUGGGGAUUCUCUCGUCCUAGUGGAUGAAUUCGGUAAAGGAACCAACACUGUGGAUGGAUUGUCUCUCUUGACUGCAUGUCUCAACCACUGGCUGCGUCGUGGGCCGCAGUGUCCUCACUUGCUUGCAUCGACAUGCUUCCACAGCCUCAUACAGUUGGGCUUGAUCGCUGAUUCUCCGCUGCUAGCUUUACUGACUCUAGAGACAGCUAUAGAGGGAGAAGAGCUGGUGUUUUUGUACCAAGUAAAAAGCGGCAUCUGCCAGUCGAGUUGCGCGGCUAAUAUCGCCACUCUGGCCGGCAUUCCUGAUGACCUGGUCAAGAGAGGGGUGGAGGUGUCAGAGUUAUACAGAACAGGAAGAACAAUCAGAAAGAUGGACAGGCCAUCUUCAGGUGAACAGAAUGGGAGGUGUGUUGAGGUGGUAGAGAAGUUCCUCAGCAUUGACCUGGAUGACCCUGAGCUGGAUCUAGAUUCUUAUUUAAAAGAUGAGGUGCAGCCAGCUCUUGAAGAGGUGCUGUGACAACAUCGAAGCUGAUCUGUGGGACUGUUGGUCCAUGUAGUGGAGAUCAGUUCAUUUUAUUUCAAGGUUUAUACAUGCACAUACACAAACAUUUAAAGCUGAUGGUUUGAAUGAUAUCAUAUUUGCUCCUGUGUUCUGAAUUGGAAAUUUUUCAGCCUGUGGUAUUUGUUCUGAUUUUUUUUCCUCCUAAAUCUUGCAUUUCACAUAGUUUGUACUUAUUGUGCAUUACACUACAGAAUGCCUUUGAAAUUUAUACUUUGAGUU